GUCCUCUCGUUCAUCCUAUUGGGCUUCGCCGCCGUCAUCCUCUUCGCGCAGGUAGCACUCCCGGACGAGCAGCUCAGACCGACACGAGACGAGCUGGACGCUGGCUAUUUUGAGACUGGGGACGUUUGGGCGCACAAUUCGGCCGUCUCUGCCCGACUAGACCGGUGCGCGUCCUUCGGCCUCCUUCGGAACACCUCCACCCCGCACUCUGCUCGCCUCACCACGGUCCACCCCGAGUCCACCUACACCGCCGCUGGAUGCGGCUUGAACGCAACGACGCUCAUCAUCGUCUCCUCCGUAUACUUCGCCGAGGCGUACAACGGGGCGACGUUCGGCGAGUCCAUCUGGGCCCAAUCCGUCAUGACCGCCCUGAACCGCUGGGGGUACUCGUUCAUGUUCAGCUCGCUCGGAUGGUGGAAUCACGAUAUGGCCAAGACGAUGGAGAUCUACGCGCAGUAUUCGGGGCAGGUCAGGUUGGUGGUAGCGGAUCCUGAGCAGGUGGUAGUUUGUUUCGGGGAACAGAAGGGGAAUUGUCUUCGCAGCGAGGAGAAUCCAGGGGGGAUGGAGGAGUGGAGGUUCCUUGGGUUCAACUUCUGGGAUACAAACGACCCCACAUAUGGACCCGCUUGGACACUUCCCGAUCACCCACGCGGACCCCACUUUACCCUUUCUCCCGCUCCUGCAGCGCUCACCUCCCACUUCUCCCUUCCCUACUCGAUCGAGCCUUCAUGCCGACAACGACCUCACCAGUCUUCCGCCCGCCUGUCCCAGCCAAGGGCGUAUCUCAUGGCCAAAAAGACGUCCUACCUGUCCCCAAUUGCUCCGUCGUUCCCCUGGACCCUGCCUGCCCUGGCGGAGAUAGCGUCGGAGCUGGAUGUCCAGAUCGCUGUUGGGCUGAGCGAGGACGACGCGCCAGCAACGGGCAAGCUAUUACGGGAGAGUGCGGUGGUUGACCUGGGCAAGUUGAAUAAGGAGGGCUUCAUGGGUCGCUUAUCCGAGAGCUUCGUGCUCAUUGGUGCUGGCAGGCCCUUCAUCAGUCCCAGUCCAUGGGAUGGCUUAUGCCUUGGUGUUCCAUUCAUCAACCCCAUCCUCGCUUGGGAUGAGAACGAUCUGGGCAACCGGACAAGCUGGAAGAUGCAGCAUGGGCACAUGACUGAUCUCAACCCACCAUACGUCUACUCCGUCCAUUCCCACGACCAUCAGGCGCUUCGAGAGGCCAUGCUAGCAGCGCUCGAGAACCCUAUCGACUCGUAUAUUCCGGGCCACAUGACGUUCGAUGCCGUCUCGGGCCGCGUGGGGGAGAUGGUAGAACGAGAUUGGGAAAGGGUGUGGAAGGAGGAUCGGGAGUAA